CUUAAUGGCAGUCGAACACUCAUCAACGGUGCGCUAACAUCUUCAUCGAAAACUCCGUUUCAUGUUUUAAAACAAAGUAACAUUAGAACAGACAGUACGCUAGUGAAAAGCACCGCUUUCGUGUCGUAACAUCCUGCCUAAAUGUCUUUCAUAGGAAUGCCUUGAUCUUGACUUUAUAAGCACAACUUCCGCGGUUGUGUUCUAAUUAUCUAUCAAUACAAGCGAUCAAUACCACGAAUGUUCAUCAAGUUUUCGUCAUUCGAAGUAUAAGACAAUGAUAAAGACCAAACGACCACAGAAUAAUGCAACGUGAGAGGUUCGAAAAGCAGUUCUCAUCGAAGAAGUAGAACGAUAUUCACUCUUAAAGCUAAGGCUUACAAAGACAAUUCAAAAGGUGAGCGUGUUUAAAGAAACAAUGACCAAGAGAUGACCAUAUUGAAUGACGUAUCUCGUCGACAAGAAAUUACGCGUGAUAUAAAAGAAUAACCAGUUUACUCAAAAUAAAAUGAAUUCCAAUAAUACAACAGCGAAUGAAAAUGAAGACAAACGAGGAAAAACAUUUUGGAUUUUGGUUUACACUUUCAUGGCGUUUGCGAUAUUUGAAGUCUUCUGUAUAAUACUCUUCCUCGUUUACAAACAUCGAAAGAAACAAAAAGAAAAGUUGAGAAAGCGGUUGGAGAAUAUUGCAACGUCAAAUUAUGAUAAUCAUGGCAUGCAGGAAGGAAGAGAAACACCACCGCCGCACUAUGCAGAGAAUCUCGUGACGAGGGAAAGAGUAGACCCGAUAUAUAGCAGUAUACGUGUGCAUGACUCAACAUUACACUCAAGAGACAAGUUUAGUGUAAUCGAAAAUGGAUUCCAGGAAAAUUUGAUGGCCUCAAACACACGCUCGUGGUCACAAUCUUCCUGCCCGAUUAUUUUGCUUCCAAAUGAUUGCGUGAUUUUCCACGCGUCGGACUCCCGAACAUUACCAUCAUCGCGUCAUUCAUUAGAUAACACGCAAUCUGAUACGAAAAAGAACUACGUGGGUGUCGUAAACAACGCAGGACCCGAAAAUCACAACGAUGAUCUCCAAAGCAUGUCCUCGUGGACGAGUUGUUCGAGCGGGGAGCUAACAAUCCCGGAUGAAGAUCACGUGUCCAGUAACGUUCAGGUCACUUUGGAAGAAAAUAUUUUGUACGAGGAGCCGGAUAAGGUUUUACAGAAAUACAAAUCACAUGAACACCCUACUGAAAAUGACAGGCCUUUUGAAACGCAAGAAUCAGUGAUUACAAGCAUAGAAUACCUUUGUAUCACCGAAGCAAUCCCUAACGAUCAAGAAAUAGAAACAACUGAUAAUUGCGUACAAAGUGCAAAUGAGACUGACAAUGUUAAUGCGAAUGAUGGCGAUAACCGUGGCAACAAGGACGGCGUAUUCGAUAAUAGAAAGGUGAAUCACAACAAUGCAGACGUAGAACAUAUUUACGAGUCGCCAGACAGCGUGAUACAAGAGGCACGACAGCCUUGCACCGAAUACUACGAAAACGCCUAUGACUUGCCAAAAGAUAUGCUUACGAAGUGUCUAGAGAAGCCAAAUAGAUACGCGCUUAAGCACGCCAUGCUUCAUGUGGAUGAAAACGACAGUCCUCAAGAAGAGCCAGGUAUCAAUUUAGGAAUGGAGUUUGUGAACAACAGCGAGAUAUUGUUGGAAGGAGAGGAUGUGAAGUUGUGGCCAUCGAAGAAAAGCAUUUUAUACUUGCAACAAAUGGAAGAAAAGUCAAAUGAGCAGGGUUCGAAUUGUUGAAAAAGAGUAAAUGAAGAAAAACAGUAAGAUAGAAUACCAGGCUGUUGGCUUAGUACCUACAUGUACAGUACAAACAUACAACAUCUAUAAAGAAAUCUUAGCACGAUUAAAUCGAUUUGUAAUAUUGGCAGUUUUUGUGUAAAACUUGACUCAACAUUUUGA